UAAAGAGUCACGGUCUUUCUUUUCCUUUGAGGGAAUGGUUUAAAUUAUAAUUGGGUUACCAAAAAAAGAAAUAUCCUAAAAGUCACACGUAGAACCCCAUCAACCCAAAAAAUACCAAACCUCAAUAAAUUAUGAAAUCCUCUCUUUACAUGAAUGCCUUUAAAUUUAAUGCAAACCAACUCCUCUCCAAGAACCAGCCAAGCUGCCCCCAUUUAUAUUCCCCCAUGCUAGUGUAUGAAAAAUCCCACCAAGCUUUCAUCAAAUUAGAAACCAUACCGCAUUUUGCUUAACAUAAAUCCCUCCUAAAGACAAGAUGUCAAGAGUUGAAGGCAGUGAAGCUCCGAGGCCUAGGCGCAUUCCGACCCCGGGGAGAGCGACUAUUCUUGCAAUAGGCAAGGCCUUCCCUAGCCAACUCAUUCCUCAGGAAUGCUUAGUUGAAGGCUACAUUCGGGACACAAAUUGCCAAGAUGCCUCCAUUAAGGAGAAACUAGAGCGCCUGUGCAAAACUACAACGGUGAAGACAAGAUACACAGUAAUGUGCAAGGACAUUCUAGAAAAAUACCCUGAAUUAGCAAGAGAAGGGACUCCAACCAUUAAUCAAAGGCUGGAGAUAGCCAACCCUGCAGUGGUAGAGAUGGCCAAGGAAGCCAGCCUUGCCUGCAUCAAGGAAUGGGGAAGGCCACCCCAAGACAUCACCCACAUUGUCUACGUCUCCUCCAGCGAGAUUCGCCUCCCCGGCGGCGACCUCCACCUCGCCAGCCAGCUUGGCUUGCGCACUGACGUCGGCCGCGUCAUGCUCUACUUCCUCGGCUGCUACGGUGGAGUCACUGGCCUCCGAGUCGCCAAGGACAUCGCCGAGAACAACCCUGGAAGCCGAGUCUUGCUGACCACCUCGGAGACAACAAUACUCGGAUUUCGCCCCCCCAACAUGUCCCGCCCUUACGACCUAGUGGGAGCCGCGCUCUUCGGGGACGGGGCUGCAGCUGUCAUCAUCGGGGCAGACCCGAUAACCGACCUGGAAUCGCCCUUCAUGGAGCUGAAUUCCGCCGUCCAACAGUUCUUGCCCAACACACAUGAUGUCAUAGAUGGGAAGCUGUCUGAGGAGGGCAUAAACUUCAGGCUAGGGAGAGACCUUCCUCAGAAGAUUGAGGAUAACAUAGAGGAGUUCUGCAAGAAGCUAAUGGCGAAAGCCGGGCUGAAAUUCGAGUACAACGAGCUGUUCUGGGCGGUUCAUCCCGGCGGGCCCGCGAUUUUGAACAAGCUGGAGAGUUGUCUGAAGCUGAGGAGUGAGAAGCUGGUGAGUAGUAGAAGGGCACUGAUGGAUUAUGGGAAUGUGAGCAGCAACACCAUUUUGUAUGUAAUAGAGAAUAUGAGAGAAGAGUUGAAGAGAGAAGGGAGUGAAGAGUGGGGGUUUGGUCUGGCUUUUGGUCCUGGCAUUACCUUUGAAGGGAUUCUCAUUCGAAGCCUUUGAUAGGAAUUAUGAUUUGCUGAAUCCUUUGAAGAAUUGGUCAUCUUAGAGAAAUAACUAGAGGAAGUUUGUUUGAAAUUUCCUUUUUUAUUUUAUUUAUUUAUUUUUAUUUUAUGUUGGGAAGAAAGUUGAUGCAGGCAAAGAGGGAUUGGA